AUGGGCGAGAAGCCAACAGCAGAACGGCCGCGGUACGUCGUCUUCUUCACGGGUGCCACGGCAUGCGGCAAGUCGACGAUUGCAAAGCACGUGGCCGACAGCUUAAACCUGACCUUCCUCGAAGGUGACGACUUCCAUCCCAAAGCCAACGUCGAAAAGAUGCACCUCGGCUACGCCCUCACCGACGAGGACCGCCAGGGCUGGCUCGAGGCCCUCCGCGACCACGAGACGAUGCACCCUCCAGGGGCGACAUCAAGACACCUCGUCAUGACAUGCUCAGCGCUGAAGCGUCACUAUCGCGACAUCCUGCGCGAGGGCUCGGACCAGGCGCAGAACCUGCGCGUCCGCUUUGUCUAUCUCGACGCACCAGAGGAGGUCCUCACGAAGCGGGCAGCGGAGCGCAGGGGACACUUUGCUGGGAGCAACCUAGUGCACUCUCAGUUCGAGAGCCUGGAGCCGCCAGGUGUGGAUGAGAAGGACGUCCAUACCCUCAAUGUCGAUCGGCCUGUCGAGGAGAUAGAGGCGGAUGCGGUGAAAUACGUGAGGCAGAUAUUAGCCGAUUGA